AUGAAAUUCGGGCAUAUCGAUAUUCCUGAAGGUCACGUAGUCGUAAAGACCGCUAAUUCCUUUGUUUUUGUAAACAUACGCCCAUUCCUGAGGUAUCAUCUCCUGAUUUCGCCGAUCAGAAUUACAAAAACUCUUCGCGAUAUGACAGAAGCAGAGACAGCCGACCUGUUUAAUACGGGAAAGGUUUGUAUGAAAGCAUUGGAGUUCUACGCCAAGGAUUUUACAAUGACAUUGCAGGAUGGUGAAGCUGCUGGACAGACAGUGCCACAUGUGCAUAUCCACUUGAUACCGCGCUUGCCCAAUGAUUUGAAGGUGAACAACGAUAUUUACAGAAAAGGAGCACUUGAGUGCAAUUAUGAUGACGAUGAUCGAGUUAGGUUGAACAGAUCGUUUGAAGAAAUGUCCAAGGAGGCUUCGUAUCUGAGAGAGAAGUUUUUGCCAUACUUUCAGCAAGACCAGUUUAAAUAA